AUGUAUUACAUAGUAUUAUUAAUCAGUGUUGUUAUAUUCAUAGCGUUAGCCACGAAAGUCUAUCAGAAGUUGACUUGUGGAAUAUGUCAUUCGAGUGCUCACAUGGUCGGGAAAGUUGUCAUAAUCACGGGCGGCAACAGCGGAAUUGGUCUCGAAACCGCCAAGAAUCUAGCAGAGCGUGGAGCGAGAGUCAUUAUAGCGUGCCGCAGUGUCAAGCGAGGCACGGAAGCCAAGGAUGAAAUAAUUCAGGCCACGGGCAACGCGGACGUAGUCUACAGACACCUGGAUUUGGCUUCGCUGCGUUCGGUGCGUGAUUUUUGCGAAAAAAUCAACAAAACGGAGAGCCGUUUGGACGUGCUCAUAAAUAAUGCGGGCGCGGGUGGACUCGGGAAUUACAAGACUGAAGAUGGAAAUCACAUUGGAAUGCAGGUUAAUUACUUCGGACCCUUCCUGUUGACGUGUCUGUUGUUGCCUUUAUUGAAAUCAUCGGCCCCCAGCCGGAUCGUGAACGUAUCAUCGUUGAUGCAUAAAUAUGCGGACGCCGAAAUGAAUUUUGAGAAUUUGAAUAUGGAAAAGUAUUGGAGCGAUUAUUUAGUUUACGCGAACAGCAAACUGUAUAUGAAUUUGACGACUGUCGAAUUAGCGAGGCGAUUGAAGGGAACAGGUGUCACUGUGAACUCAUUGCAUCCAGGCGUGAGUGCCACUAACCUUUUCAGGAAUAUCCGAAGUAAAGUGAUACGUGGUAUACUAAAUAUGUUUAUAGGAUUUUUAUACCAAAGCCCCUGGGAAGCAGCGCAGACCUCGAUAUAUUUGGCUGUAUCGCGGGAUGUUCAGGACGUAAGUGGCUGCUAUUUCAGCGACUGUCGUAUAGCGAAGCCAUCCAGAUUGUCACAAGACGUAGAAAUAGCAAAAAGACUUUGGACAGAGUCAGAGAAGCUAGUUAAUUUUUCAUUAGAUGACAAGUGA